CGCAUCCGGAUGACGGCACGUCUCUGUACGGAUCGCGCACCCGGCAGUCUUCACCUUCAGCCACGUGUCCUGGUGGAGAGACGAGAAGAGAGGGCCAAGAAGAAGAUAUGUAACAAUCAACGUAAAAAAAAAAAAAAAACCAUAUCGGGCAGGUGACGGACGGAGGGCAGGGACAACCGGGGCGUGCGUGAAGGAAAGGGUGGGGCAGGUCAGGGGAGGGAGGAAAAGCUACUCUACCAAGAAAUAGGCCUCUGGGAGAAGGACGUGUGCAAGAAAAGAGAGGGAGUGGUAGGGGAAAGGGGAAAGGGAGGGGAGAGAGGGGUGGUUGAUAUUGUGUGCGGGAGGUCAGUAACGGUGCACAGCCGCCAUGGCGGUGGCGAAGAACCUCCUUCGCCUGGACAGUUGCAGAUUCUGCUGCCGGGGGGAACUUACCUCCUCCUCCUCCUGCUCCUCCUCCUCGUCCUUCUCUUUCUCCUCUUCACCUUCCUCGCCUCCCAGUUCUACCACCUUUCCAUCGGCUCUUUGUCGACCGACGGUGCGCGCCGAGCAUGCGUCUUCAUUCUGGGUAUCAGCAGGACCACGUGGCAGCAGCAGCAGCACCGUGGAGAUCGCUGCAGGUUUUUCCACAGGCGGCAACAGCGCCAGGAGAAGGAAGAAGGAGGUCAGGUACAGUAGCUCUGGAGGCGGCGAUGGUGGAUAUGGUGGCGGGAGCAGAAGAACGGCAGCAACAAGAGUCAACGUCGGCAGGAAGCGGACUCAAUCCUGCCCUCUUUCGCGGGAAUGCAGCAUGGAGGGAAGCUUCUCUUCCCCCUCUUCUUCUUCUUCUUCUUCUUUGUCCUCGUCAUUGUCCUCCGUGGUGUUAAGAUGGCGCGCAUCAGGAAGGCGGCGGCCAUCGCAGCAGAGCAAAGCGGCGGGAAAGACGGCGGCGGAGGCAGUUCUCCCUGUGCACAGCGGGUUGAGGAUUGGCGGGAAAGGCGGCGGCGGCGGCCUGAUUCCUGACACGUGUCACGCAAGUACGAGCACACGAUUGUUCGCCGCUGUGCUUGAUGCCACGAUGGCGCCGGAUCGCCAAUCUAAUGAUUGCGGCGGCUCGGAAGUUAAUCAGAUAGGAGGACGAAGAGGAGGAGGGAGAGGAGGAGGAGGAGGAGGAGGUGGUUGUCGCGGACAGGUGACUAUGAUGCCCAUCGGAACCCCCAAGGUGCCGUACCGCACGCCCGGGGAAGGAGGAUGGCAAUGGGUGGAUAUCUGGAAUGUUCUUUAUAGGGAGCGGAUCAUCUUCGUGGGCCAAUACAUCGAUGAGGAAUUUGGCAAUCAAGUGCUUGCAACGAUGUUGUAUCUGGAUAGCAUAGAUUCCACAAAGCCGAUGUAUUUGUACAUAAACUCGCCGGGAGGCGAGAUUACUCCGUCGAUGGCGCUCUUUGACACGAUGGAAAGUAUUGCGAGUCCGGUCGGGACACUGUGCUUUGGGUAUGCCUACAAUAUGGCAUGCUUCUUGUUAGCGGCGGGAGAGAAAGGCAAACGGGCGGCGAUGCCGAUGACUCGUGUCGCAUUGCAACCACCGGCGGGAGCGGCGCGGGGACAGGCGGAUGACGUGCGCAACGAGGCGAACGAAUUGGUGCGCGUCAGGAAGUACAUGUACGGGGUGUUGGCACACAAGACGGGUCACGAUAUCGAGAAAAUCACCAAGGACUUGAGGCGAAUCAAGCGCUUUGAUGCCAAGGAAGCCAUGGAGUACGGUCUCAUAGACCGAAUUAUACGGCCGAUUCGGAUCAAGAAAUCUGCACCGCCCAAGGAAGUCGCCACAUCUGUUCCUUGACAUGCCCAGUCCUCCACAUCCCGCAUACUGCCAUUCACCCUGCUGCAGCUGCGUACCUGCCUCCUGCUGCUGCUGCUGCUGCUACUGCCUUGUUGCUGAUGUAGGAGGAAGAGAACAUGUAGGACAGGAUUUUUCUUCCUCUCCUUCUCCUCCUCCUCCUCCUCCUCCUCCUUAAUCUUCCAUGCUGAUCAGUGGAGCGGCAAGAACAGGGGAAAGGUAUUUAGCUCUUCUUAUUCUUUUUCAUUUUCGUCUUGUUUACUGAUUAGAUGAGAGGAGUGAUCAGGGUAAGGGUAUUUUACUCUUUUGCUUUUGUUUUUUCUUCCUCUUCUUGUUGUUCUUCUUUCCUCCUCCUCCUCCUCCUCUUCUGCUGCCGCUGCUUCUGCGGCUGUCGCUGCUGCGUCUGCUAGUGAUUAGUUGAUGGAAAAUCAAUCGCUCAGAGUGUU